UCUCCAAUUUAAUUGUUUUUUCGUCAAGCAUCUAAAUAUGCAAAAGAUCCCGAGCCCGAGCACCGGAGAAGAAGAUGGAGCGUGUGUGCCAAGUCGCGUUAUCGUCGUUGCGGAGGAUCCCGCGAUGGUGGAUCUCGGCUGGUGCGCGCGGGUACAUCACCUCGAGAAUAAACGGGUCGAGAAGGUCGCCCGGGCGGUGGGGGGUCGGAGCGGAGGGGCGGAGAGAGGCGGUGGGGACGUCGGAGCGUUUGUGUCGCGACGCCGACGGCGAAUGACAGUCAGUGAGCGGCGAGCUCUCGCGAACGACGGAACGUUUGACGGUCGCCCGAUUCGCCGGACUCGAGACCACAUUCCUUCGCGAUCUCACGCACGGCUGCGGAGCGAAGGAAUCGAGCGUCGGGAGGCAACUAUUAUUAUAACAGGGCAGAGGGGAGGCAAGCGUGUUUGCGUGUGGGUGGUGCGAGUUGAAUGUGUAUAUUGUAGCGUCGCGGAUCCGAGUGCUGUGAUAAACAAGACUGAGAAGAGUUUUUUUGGCGGUGUUGUAAGAGAAAAAUCUGAAAAAGCGGGAAAAAACAUUCCAAAUAAAUAAAAUUUGAG